AUGAUGACCUCUGGGAAAGGGAUGAUGCCCGCCCGUUGGAAUCUGGAUAGCUGCUUGAGGAACCACUCAAAACUAGAAGCUUGCUCGUUAUUGACAGUUGGUACUAUAUGUAGCAUCAAUCUGCAAGCGCGAGGAGAACUUUUGCCACAUUUUGCUUCCCUUAUGGUAUCCCCAAGCGGCAUUUCGAAAACGGAAUUCGUCUCCCAUCCAGUCAAAGCCCCAUAUCCAUAUUUUUUUCGACUCAGUGAGCGUCCGUACGAAGUCGUUGGCAGCGCCAUAGCCUUGACGUCUGGCCACGUUGACUUUCCAUCGCCAGUUGUAAAUAUCUGUUCUGCGAAUGGGAAGCUUUGGCCACUUUUGGCAGAGCUGUUUAUGAAUGGAUCGACAGGAUAUCGUCUUGUCAAGACAAAGAUCUACCAGAAGAUUCAUUUGUUCCUCAUGUUAGCUUUCUCCAAUGGUAGUGCUCGGUUAGACUUUUCGAUGGACCAUGAUCUCGAUGAAGAGAAUUGA